AGAAGCUUCAGCAUCGCGCCUUAAAUUUUUGUUCGGUUGCCUUUCAACAGCAACCAGAACGUCUAGCACGCUAAAAUUGAAAGACGGUUUUGCGAUUUUAUUUUCAACCUUCUUUUUAGUACCCAAUUUAGAAAUUCGUCAACCUAAUUCAUUUACGCUCAUGGUUUUCCUGUAAAGUCUUAUUCUACAAGCAGGGCCAUUUAAGGGAGCUAUUGAGCCAACAACCGCCAACAUGUCAUUUCGAUUCUCGGACUUCGGCUCGUCGCCAUCCACUCCGGACAGAAGCUCUCGAAAAGCUUCAUCCGGCUUUAAUUACAGUGUCGACCAUCCCUCAACGACUCCCGCCGGCCCCCCACCGCCCUCUUCUACAGCGUCGUUUACCCCAGCUGGUGACCCGUCGCCUUCUUAUUUGCAGAGUUCCAUUGGUGCUAUGUCAGGAAAAAUCAAAGCGCCAAACUUCGGAAGACCAAAUCUUGCACAGAAUAAAUCGAGUCCUGCGAGACGCAGCAACGCACCGCUGGGAAGAUCUAUCCGAGGCUUGAAUGCGAGGCAACCGUCGAGCCUAAGUAGGGAAUACCGCGGAGAAGAUGAGGAGGACGAUGAAGAGGAUGAUGGAGGCGCGAAUAUACAGCAGAACCGCGCGGGCACUUAUGGAAUAUCAUACGACGACACAACCGAAGGCGAGGAUACCGAACCCGACACUACGAAUCCUCUCGACGAUGAAGAGGAUGAAGAACGAGAUGCGGAAGUCGAUGCGAUGAUGGAGGAUGAGGCCGACUAUGAUGUGGAAGAAGAUUUGCUACGAGAAAUAGCCGGAGCCGAUCCUUAUAACGAUCACUUAGCCGAUCGUGGAGAUUUAAUGGUACUCUCGACUGCUGCUGCUGAUGAGCGAGUUUCCAGAGAAGCCGAAGAUAUCUUCCGUGCUUCUUCUAUGCGCUCUACCAUGGCUCGAAGGCGGGAAGUGAAAUAUGGGGCCGUUGCGAAGGACCUGUACAGUCAAUCACAGUUUGCCGAGGUGUCCGAGUCGGACAACGUUCUUAUCCAGACCGAGGAGCUUGUCAACCGGCUUUAUGAUGAGGGCGUGGGCCCAGAAGAUGACGAGGAAAGGUUGGAUGAUACUCUGGGACAGGCCUGCCUCCGGCUGGUGAACGAAAUAUGGGGUGGCCAUAUGGAUGAACUCCCUCGGACUCGUCGAGAACACGCAGCGAAAGUAGGGCCGAGCUCUCAUGCGUCGCCCUUUGAAAAGGCAUUUUACCUAGCUACACUAAUCCUCAGAAUUCACCAUACACCGGUGGCUAGAAACGAAUUUGGCGGUAUUACUAGCUUAGCUUUGCCCGCUGUGCUAUUCGAUUGGCAAAAUGACGAACACAAUCUCCAACGAGAUCAGAUUGAUGCUGUCCUGCAGAAUCGCCCUUCCCCGGCUACCCAUGGGCUUUUCUGGCCGGUUGUUUUCAAUUCUCUUGUGCGCGGUAACAUACAGGAUGCUAUACAAGUGCUCCGGAAAGCCGGCUGGGAAUUCGUCAAAAAGUCCCCUGGUAGCGAAUCUAUCUAUAGUGGUCAAGCAUUGGCAAAUAUUAAACGCGUGGUCGAAGAUCUUUGCGCUGUCAUGGAGCUGUGCCCUGCAAUCAGCAAUAGGAGCUGGGACGUUCAUAACAGUGAUUGGACCUUGUUCCGUCUGAAGGUUAGAGGAGCUAAGGAAGCUCUCAUUAAUUUUACUGAAGGAAAAGAUCGACACCACCUUUCGUCUGGUAGAUUUGGUGAUUCUGACUUUGGAGACUCCGCAAAUGGACGACAAUCCAUAACAGGACUCGCCCGAAAAGCAGAGAGCAGAAUUCCAUGGGACGUCUACGAAAAUCUCCAGUCGCUUUACGCAAUCCUAAUCGGAGAAUCAGAUGCUAUUCUUGCGGCAGCAGGCGACUGGUGUGAAGCAACUCUUGGCUUGUUCGGCUGGUGGGACAAUGGCCACAGCAAGCGAAACAUAAGUUUGUCCCAUUCAGGAUCGCUACGGCCGGCAGGAGGUGAUGAGGAUUUCUUUGACCGCCUCGCUCUUUGUCUUCAAAUUGCUACAGUGGCUGAUUUUGACGUCAACUCGGCCGACCCCGUUGAAGUAGCUAUUGCGUCUGCGUUCGAGAGUAAUGUGGAGGGAGUUGUCGGAUUCUUGCGAUUAUGGUCGCUUCCAAUUGCCGCGACGGUCGCAGAAAUCGCAUCUCUAGGCCGAUGGCUACCCCCUCCAGAACCACAAAAUCUUAUUAACAUGAAUGAUUUCGACAUGGAAGAAUUGGAGGUAUUAGGAAUGAAUCAGAGCACGCAGACCGACGAGAAAGACGGGAUUAAAGAUACAACCUUGAUUUACUACGCCCGCGGACUAAAAAAUCGCAAACAUAUCACGGAUGACAAGGUAACUCGAUACGGCUGGGAGAUGGCUGUUCAAGUUGUUGGCCGACUGGAUGCUCCUGACCGUUCUGAGCAGUUAGUCCAGGAAUUGUUGCAUGGUGUUCUCGACACCAUGGACGAGGAUUCCCAUGAGACGGUAGAAAAGAUAUGGAAGCUGCUGAAUGAACUUGGUAUGAUAAAUUUUGCCGAGGACACAGCUGAGACCUUCGGAGAUAUCUUAGCUAAGGACACAUUCCGUUUUGGGGAGGCUCUCUGGUACUACGCUCUAGCGCAUCGCCCUGGCAAAAUUCGUGAUGUGUUGAAUACUCUUAUGUCCAUCUCGCUCGUAGAAUCUACGACAUAUCCACCCGAGAGCGAGUUAGACAACACUCUGAAGCAACUUCUAAAGGAACGCACAGCAAAGUUAGAACAGUUUGCGAAGCAAGAUCUCGAGGCGGCAGAACUUCUUGGUAAGAUGCUUAGUGGGUAUGCUACGCUUCGGAAGUUUUACGAACUCCGCGACGGGGACGGUAAAUCUACCAAUAAAUCAACAGUACGCCGCCAGCAAGCCGCAGCGGCUCUAACAGUUGUUAUUGCAAGUGCCGACGACAAUAUUCGAGGUGGUCUAUAUGACGACACACGCGACGCCGUAGUCAGCGAGGAUUUUUUACUAGCAUUACUUGGGGAAGCCUCUAUCUUUGUGGGUCAGUCACCACCGGUGAUUACCCUUGAUCAAAUUGAUACGCUUCUCAAAGCUAUUGAGGAUAUCCAGACCGUCGGGUCUCGGGUUUAUGAUGCUUCAGACGAGUUUUUCAAAUUGGUGCUUGCAUCAGGACACGGAAAGGGAUCUACACCCGCGGAUCUUCUCAAACAGUCUACUUCUUCCCUGGGUGGGAGCUUUAUGAUGACGGGAAGCUCGAUGAUUGCGUCCCAGCUUCACCAAUCCGUAAUCCGAAGUGGCGUUAUUAAGGGGCCUGUUAAAAGAGCGUGGGAUUGGAGAACUGGUGUAUUCUCGGCUAGUAGCUCUAGGGAUCUAUUGAAGCAGGUCAGGUUAGGAUUGACCAGGGACCUAGCCAACCUAUGGCUAGAGCAGGCAGAUAGUGUCAUUCUAUAGCUGUCCACGGUAUUUGAUGGCGACCAUUACGCUUGAUGGGGCGUUAGGCUGGCGUUUACGGGCGUAGAUAAAUAUCAUUGGCUAAUGUACCGAGUAAUACCAUCGCGGAAGCAGAAGGAGGAUGAAUCAGAGUUGUUUAAUCACAGAUGAAGGCGGCUUGGAUCGUGUAUCCCGUCUCUUUGAUAGUAGGAUCUCUACUGCAAUAGCAUGCCGUCAAAGAUGCUACUUAAUUAUGAUGUUGAACCAACUGCUUCCUAA